GUAAGAAGAGGACCCGGUAAAGUAAAUUCACCUGGAGCUUCUCAUCGGCUUCAUGCUCGCAGUGGGGCUGCUGACUUUGAGCCUGCUGGUGGCAGGUGGCAGCAGCAACAGGACAGAGGACAGAUGCUCGUACAGAAACCUGCUCAGACAUCUGAAACUGGACGUGAAAAAUGCUGAGCUCGCGGAGAUGCGGCCCGUGUUGAGCUGGAAUCACUCCACCAAAGUGACCGUGGACAUGUUCCUGGCCGGGAUCCUGAAUGUGGACGAGAAGGCUCAAACACUAACCACCUUCAUCAUACAGUCAGUGCAGUGGGAAAAUCAGCUUUUAAAAUGGAACCCGGACGACUUUUGUGGGAUUCACUCCUUUGCAGUUCCAAAAGAAAAACUUUGGAGACCAGAUAUUAUCGUCUAUGAGAAAAUUUUGAACCACGAUGCUUCAAACUCCAAAUUUGUCAAGGUGCUUUAUUUUGGUGAGUGUCAGGUCAUUGAGAUCUAUCGGAUGACCACCACCUGCAUGAUGGAUCUCUUUAAGUUUCCCUUCGACACCCAAACCUGCUACAUCACCUUCCGGUCUGCAGGUCUUACUAUGGAUGAAAUAGAGCUUGAUGCCCUCGUGAGCACCAGUGACAUGAAUGCAGUGGUGAGAGAGCUCAUAAUGGAACAGACAGGAGAAUGGCAAUUUGUCAGCCUCAACAUGACAAAUAGCAUAUAUGACGAAGGACAUUAUAAAGUCGACUACCUAAUAUACAUGAUCACUCUAAAGCGCAGACCACUGCUGUACAGCAUAAACCUCGUGGUGCCGGUCGUCUUCUUCCUCAUUCUGGAUGUGGCCUCCUUCCUCAUCACCGAGGCCCGAGGAGAAAAACUGGGCUUCAAAGUGACCAUCCUGCUGUCCAUCUCUGUCCUGCUGCUGAUUCUUCAGGACAUUCUGCCCUCCACCGCAGACCAACUGCCAGUGAUAGCUAUCCUCUGCAUCGCGAUCUUUUUGCUGGCGAGCCUGAGCCUGUUGGAGACCAUGGUGGUGUGCUUCCUGGUCGAUUUGGAUGAUAAAGUUGUUGAAGAUGCUGAGGUUUCCUCUGCAGCCAGCACAGAGGAUAAUGUUGGAUGCCAGCAAGAGCCGGGAGGAAACCCAGACAGCUGCCUGGAGACGCCUGUGGAGGAAAAUUCAGAGAGGAAAGACUCGGAUGUGAAGUGGCCGUCUGACUCCACUCAGCUGAAUCAGAUCCUGGAGGAGCUGAAGGCCGUCCAUCAGAUUCUGUUUUCCACUGGAAGGCAGAAAAUGACAAGAAAGCCUGGCCGCUAUAGAAGAAUAGCAAGAUACCUAGACAACAUUUACUUCUGCUUCUAUGUAAUCAUUUCUGUUGCAUUUCUGGUGUUCAUGGAUAUCAUGUGGUUUUACUAAAUGCAAUGAUUGCAGUGAUACAAUGGUUUUGCAGUGAUACUACUCUGAUGAUGAUGAUGAUGAUGAUGUGAUAUAAUGUAUUUUAGCAACAUUUUUAGUCUGCACACUCCAACUUUUUACUUUGUUUUGAGCAACAAUUGUCCACUUUGUCUCAGGGGAUUUGGCUCGAUGGCACUGAGCAUGUUUUUGGGAGGCUGGCUCACUGGUCAAAUCACCUGUUAAAGGAAUAAGCCACCACAAAACACAACAACACUGGAGUUUAAUGCUGCACCAUGCAAAUUUGCUAUGGCUUGAUUUCAGUGAGGACCCUUUAGAGCUUAUUCUGUGUUUUUGUCAGUGGAACCGAAAGUGUCCUCACUUCAAUCGUUCAUUCAUUCUUUUAUUUUUCCCGCUGCUUAUCCUGCUUAGAGUUGCGGGUCACUUCAGUCGACCCUUAGUAAUUUUGCAUAGUGCAGCUUUAAAGGCACUCUCCUUGAUUUUGGUUACGGAACAGCAGGGCCCUUAUAAUCCAAACUAACUGUAAAUGAGGUAGGAAAGAGCAAAGACAACCAAUAGGAUGCUUGUUUUUGAAUUCAACACCAAAGGAACAUUUUUUUUUUUUUUUUUUAAUGUUUGCCUCAAACAUACUGCACAAAAAUCCAGGAGAGUGCCUUCAACAGGAGAUCACAUCAACCUCAGAAGUUAGCUGGUGUUAUUUUGAAUAUUUUGAUGCUCAGCAGUCAAGCACAGGAAAGGGAAGAGGAACUUCAGUAAAGUUUCAGUUUAACUUGCUUUGUCACUUGCUGUUGCUUUCUCUGACUAAAAGUAAAACGUAGAAGAAGAUGAGGCAUUAUAAAUUGCAACACUACAUCACAAAAUAGAGUGCAUUAAACAUCUCAGGAUAAUGUAAAGGGCUAAUGUAAAGGGUUAGUUACUUUUUAGGGUUACUUUUUGUGCAAUAAACACCUGCCAUUUUCAGGUAGGAGCAAAGAAACUUCCACUGAAAUGCUCGGCAUGCAUUUACAUUAACUGAUAAAUGCAUUUUAUUGUCUAUACCUGCAUAUACCUGAUAACUCUACCUCAAUGUUUGGUUUAUGCAAGGGCUCUUUGGUUGAGGGACGGACUUAAACCUUUAUAUGUUUUAUAUAUUUGAUAUGUUUGUGUUUCCAUGUCUCUAUG